AUGUUGACCUCCAGCAUUCACAAUAUUAAUAAUAAUAAUAUUAGCCCCUACCGCUUUUGUGCAGUUGCCCCCAUGAAACCUCAACAGCGUAGACCACCGUUUUCUUCUUGUUUAAUGUGGAGGCGGUGGUUGCUCAUGUUGACUGGCUUGCAUUUGCUUUUCGCGAUGAUUAUCAGUUCUGUGUGGCCCGUAACCAUGAGCACGCCGUCGUACGCGUCCGUAGUGCGCCAGAGUUAUGAUGGGUGGGGCAUUCCUCUCGCGGAGGCGGCUGGUGUAAAUGCCGCAUUAGGAACCACCACAGUCACCUUCACUGGUUGGAGUGCGACCGAAGUGAAGAUGAACAAAACAGGCAUAUUUCCCGCCACCGUUGCACUGGGGCGUUAUUUAGUCAUCUUUGGCGGAUCUGCCAUCGUCCCGCCUUACAUCCCAACGUCAGUGUUUUUGAGUCAAUAUGCUCUUCCAACCAUUAACGUGUUGGACAUGACUACAGGAAAACUUGUGUUGCCAUUGAUGCUUGUAAACAGUGAGCCAGCUGCGGCAAGUCAUAAGGUGCGAAGACACCGUGAUCCCCCUCCAGCACCUCCUAAAACUGUUUUUCGUGUCCCCGCGCAACUGACAUUUCCUGCUGUUGGGACGAAAAAUACCGUUCAACUUGGCCUGGCAGCGUACAUUGUAGGGUUUUGCACAAUGAUCCCCAGAAAUGUGAUUGUAGAAGAUGAUGAUGAAUUUCAUGCGUUUCUCCGAUCCGUACAAGAGGUGCGGCUGUAUCAGGAAGAGUUUCCUCCCGUAGAUGAUGUUACAAUGGAUAUACGGAACAAAAGCCUCCCAGAGGAUGCGAUGUUGCGUUUCAAUGCCAGUUGUGUCGGAAGUGGUGAGGAUAUCAUCUACAUUGUGGGUGGUAUUUCCCUUGAGAAGAUGGCCCCAUUGGCAUCUGUGUCCCAGUACAACGUCGUAACAGGAAAAUUUAUUGAAGCCGGGCUGCUUCUUGAUGAUCCUCUUGUUGCCCCUGGUGUCUUUGAGGGUAGCAGUCUUGUGUUUAUUGCCGGUGGUUACCGAGAGACCAAGGAACAUGGACUUCUUAUCAGCCGCAUGCUGACAGUCAUUGACCCUUCGCUGGUCAAGACGAACAUUGGAACAUAUGACUAUCUAUGGCAGCUCAACUGGCUCUCACCACAAAUUAUGAUGUAUAAUCACACACUGGCCGUGAUGGGUGCCACGAAUGAUCGCUCUUUUGACCAACAGGAGGUAUGGCCUGAUCUAAUGAGGCUCUAUGGUGCUGUGGAAACUGUGCCCAUUCGAUUUCCACCACUACGCAGUAAUGCCGCUGUGUUUUCCGUGACGACCGUGGAUGGAGUGACUGUUUACCUUGUUGGUGGGCAAAUCCCACCGCCAGAUGGAACAGGUAUUUCGUUUGACAUAUUUACAGGAAAAAUGCUUGUGGACGAUGGGCAUGUGGUGGUGAGCAUCAUCGGAUUUCACUACAUUUCUCUUGUGGAAGACGUCCUAGAGGAGGUGGAAGAAGCGGCAAUGGAAAUGCAUCCCACGGGGAAAUGGACAGACAUGAAGGGUGAAGCCACAUCUCUCCAUGGGUUCAAGGCACACGUACGACAAGAAGACGAAGAAGCAGAAAUAGAAGAGGAACAAGGAGAAAAGGAGGUGGUGAAUUUGCAUUCACCUAUGCAGGAGGAUUUUCAAGGUGGGAGCACACAUUCUCUUUUUUCUUCAGAUAAUACGCCAACCGUUAGUCCGUCUAUAACACCAACGCCGCCAUUGCCACCUCCGCCAGCUCCGCCUACCCCACCUCCCAAAGACUUGCCAAAUAAUGAUGGACAUUUCACAGUAUUAGUGAAUGGUUAUGAGCCCCUAUGGUACAACUUCACGUUUAACAUUCUUCUCUCUGAGAGCUUGGCACAAGCCUGCCCCGGUAUCGUCAAUUCUAGUAAACAUGUGGUAAAUACUGAUCUUGAUCAAGUAUCUUCGUGCCUUUUACGUCUCUCUGAUUCGCCCACAUGUAAUUCAGUUCUUCUGGAUAUUGGUAACCUGUCCCGUGUCAACACACAGCCAUACGUGGUGGAUAUUGUUGAUCCCGUUACCAAUAACAUUUCAAAGAAAAAAACAAUGGCAGUGGGUCCUAUUACUCUUGUAGGAUCCCUGGCAGAUGGUAUUCUUAACCUCACUGGAAAUGGAACACCGUAUGGUGAUCCUCAUGAUUCCUUCUUUUUUCAGGAUAGUUAUUAUCAUCAUCGUCGUCGCCCUCGUUCGCAGCCAAAGUACGAUAAUGAUACCACGAAAGUAUAUUAUGAACAAGUUUUUUUGUAUGUCUGCUUCUCAAGUGGUGCCUUUGUUCUCCCUCAGUGCAAGAGUGGUGUAAAGGAGACACGUUGGGAUGAAUCAAAGGCUGGAAGGAAACCUUGUACAACCGCCUUUUACAAGGCGUUGAAUGCUGAACGCCCUUUUGUUCUUUCACCGGUCAUGAAGUGGGUACCUUCUACAACGACGACGAUGGCUCCUUCUCCUUCGCCAAAUAAUAAAUUGUCAUAUGGUACUAUUGCCACAUUGGCAUUGUUUACUCUUAUUGUCACGAUCCUUGUAUCAUUUGGACUGUUCCACAUUGUGCGGUGUUGCAGAUUGAGGAAAUUUGAAAAGGGGGAAAGACAACAUUUACUUUUAGGCAAUGAUGAGGAUGAGGGUGAUGAGAAUCGUGGGGUUGGUCGUGGUGCUGCCCUUCCUGCGCAUCAGAAGCAAAGUCUUCUGGAUGGCAAAUACAAAGUUCUGCAUCGUCUUGGACGGGGGAGUUUCUCUGUGGUAUACCUCGUGGAGCGUGUUGAAGAUGGUCAACGUUUUGCGCUGAAGUACGUCCAGUGUGCCGAUGACGUGGAUCGACAAGAGGCUAUGCGCGAGUGUGAAGUUGCCUACACAUUGCAAGGACACCCAAAUGUAAUUCGGUUGGUAGACAUGUUUAUGUCGUAUCGUUUUGAUACAAACCUGCACGCCGGUGGGGCCCGCCACCAGCAACAUUCUGAGCAUCAAUUGGGUUCACUGAGUGGGUCCGUCAUGAUAUGUGUGGAUGAGGGCAGUGACAUUUAUCCGGUCCCUCCUCAACGUGGGGCGGUGGCAGCGGCGACGUCAGGGGAGCGGUAUCUGUCUCUUGUCAUGGCAUACCACGAGAAGGGGGAUCUUGGGAAGUGGAUUCGACAGCAAAAAUCAGAGCCAAUGAUUCCAGAAACGACCAUCAUGAGUAUUGCUUUUCAGAUUCUAACGGUGAUGCAGUUUAUGCACCACCAUGAUCCUCCCAUCGUCCAUCGCGAUUUGAAACCUGAAAACAUCCUUCUUGAUUCCGACUUUGCGUGCGGCCGGCGAUGGAAGGCGAGACGUGGGCGUAAUGGCGGCGCGGAGCCACUUCGAAUUGUCAUUACGGACUUUGGGCUCUCACGUGUGAUGGACAAAACAUUUUGUGAAACCGGAGUUGGCUCAUUACCGUACGUCGCGCCGGAGUGCUGGCAGCGCCACUAUUCCACAAAGGUGGAUAUAUGGGCUACGGGUUGUAUUCUUUAUGCGGCCUGUGCUAAGCGUGUAGAGAGUGACAAUGUUAAGGUGAUGUUCAGUGAAUGCGGUCGACCCGAUUUUAAGAAGAAGCUUAUUGAAGAGUUAACACAGGUGUAUGGAUACAGCCUGGCGCUGGCCGCCUUUAUUGUAUACUUGCUCGAGCCCGAUCCAGCGCGUCGUCCAAGCGCAGAGGAGGCAUUGCGGCUUAUUCGUAAAAGAAGGAAAGAUGCUGUGGAUGUAAACGAAACGACUGUCAUGGUUUCCCUCUACAAGGACGAUGGGGAAGACGAGGAGGAGGAGGAGGAGGAGAAGGAGAAGGAAGAUGUGGACAACAAAAACAACAACAAUGAUGUGGAUGACGGUGGUGGUAUGAAGAAUAAUGACGACAGCGGGGAUGGCCGUGAGAAGAGUGAAGGUGAGAAGAGGGAAAUAUCCUCUGAGAAUAACAACAAAAGCAAGAAAGGUCAUUUCUCUCACAGACAACAACUACGCGAUAACAGUAGUAGCAAACAGUUUCUAAAUUCCACGGCUCCGCCACAUGAUGGUAGUGGUGCUCAGACAAUAGAAAAAGUGGCUCCAUCAACAAUGAAGACACAUGCCCCUUUGCUGAAGGACGACGCAUACAUGUCAGAGAGUUCGGAUCAUGCAAAAACGGAAGUUCAUGGUGGGGGUGGUGUCAUGGCGGCUACUCGUGUUGACUACGACGGGUCCAUGCGUCACACAGCAGAGGCAGUGACAUCACGCGGGGCCCUACAGACAAACAGUCUUGCCCACCAUUCACAGCCUGGGUCAUAUAAGGAAUAUCCACCGCAGCAGAAGCAACAUUUCUUUGAUACCUCUGAAGUCCUCCUCCGUGAGGACAGUGCAACUCGUCCCUCACAUUCUUCUAGCGCGGCUGUCAAGAAAAAGGAGCUUCGAUGCCGUAAGCUUGAAAAAUACUUUGAGAGCGUUGCCGAGGACAGCGAAAAGUGCGAAUUCUUUGUUGCACGAGAGUCCCCGUCACUUAUUGCACUCUCGCUCCCGGCAAAUCUAAAAGGACCUAACGUGCUGGGGAUAACGGGGAAUAGGAAUCCAUCACCGCCGCCUACAACAACAUUGCCAGCUGAGACAGUCGUUGCAUCCACGGCAAGGAAUAGGCACGAAAUAACCACAACUGCGGCUGCUGAGCCGAGCCGACGGGAGGUGGAGAAUUAUAGCUUCAGGAACGAGAGUGCAGGGGCUAUGCCUCUAUCUGCAUGUAGCGCGGAAGUGUUUCCGGAUCCUCCAUCAGAUGGGGAGUUUCCAAAAAAAGAACGGGAAGAACAAUAA